AGUUGUAUGAUAAUUAUAUAGUGUAUAUAUAUAUAUAUAUAACUCUUAAAACGAGUUUCAUUUUUUUUUUUCUAAAUAAAUAAGAGUACGGAAAUGAAGAUUCUAUCAACAACUUUGUUCGUUGUUGUUCUAGAAUUAAUAUGUUUAGUACAAAUAACGGUAUCAGAAAAAUGUUUAGAAUAUAUAAGUCCAUUUUAUCAAAAAACUAAGAUGAUUGAUUGUCCAAUGAUACAUUCUAAAGAUUCUAAAGAUAAACGACAAACAUCAUCAAAAUCAGAUAAUAUGAUUACCGUAGAUUUUCAAUGUUUAAUAGAUGAUAAACAAUUAUGUAAAAAAGUAGAACAAGUAUUUAUUACUGCAGGAAAAUUUAUAACGGCAACAUUAAAUUUAAAAUCAAUUAUAAGUGUUAAUGCACAAUUUUUAGAUUUUUGUAAAACAUAUGGAAAAUGUGAUAAGGAUGUAAUAAUAUUAGGAGCAGCAGGACCAGCUAGAAUGAUUCCAUAUCAAGAUCCUAAAGAAAAUAAAAUAAGAUUUUAUCCACAAGCUUUAUAUAAACAAAUGAAUUUUCCGAUUGAACAUCCAGAAUUUGGACCAAAUGAAAUUAUGGCAACUUUUAAUUCAAAUACAAGUUAUUGGUUUGAAGGGGAUCCAUUACCUAUGUUAGAAAAACAAUCAGAUAUGUUAUAUGUAGUAAUUCAUGAAAUGAUUCAUGGUUUAGGAUUUACAACUUCGUGGGAUGAUUAUUUUGGUAUAAAAGCAUUAACACCUGCUAUUGGAGGUACUACUAAACCACCUACACCAGGAGAAAUUACAUCUCAAAGUGAUGAAUUACAAUCAUCUCAAUUCUUUGAAUUAAUAUCUGAUAAAUUUUUAGUUUUAUUACCAAGUGGAAAAUUAGUUUCAUCUAUUGCUGAUGAAAUCAAUAAAUUUCAAUUUAAAAUAGAAACAUUAUCAUCUACAGAUGGAAUAGCUAGUGAAUUUAGUGUUUCACCACAAUUUCCAAUUGCUAAAAAUAUGUAUAAUACUGCUAUGACACAUGGUGCAAUGGGUUUUCUAACUAUACCACCUAGUGAUCAAUUAACUCGAGAACAAAUCCUUAAUAAUGUUAUUAUAUUAGAAACUAGUUUAAUUCCUUAUCAACAUGGUUCAAGUGUUGCACAUACAGAUUUUGAUACUUAUGUGAAUAGUAGUGAUUUUCUAAUGCUAUUUACAUACCCUAAAACAGCAACUCUUGGCCAAAUAAUGUCUGCAGUUGGUAGUACUAAUACUACUGGUCCCAUCGGUCCUAAAUUAAGACUUUUAUUGGGAAGUCUUGGGUAUGAAGUUAAAAAAGAAUAUACACCUCCAGUAAAAUUAUCUAGCAUACCAAUUAAAAAUUAUAAUCCCUCCAAUACAUAUAACAAAAAUAAUAACAACUAUAAUGAUAUGAACAAUUCUUCAUUUAUUUGUGUUAAUAUAAUAUUAAAUUUAGUUUGUAUAAUAAUAAUUUUUUUUAAUAGCAUUAAGUAAGAUAUCAAAAAAUUAAAAAAUUAAAAUUUU